AUGAAUCCAAGUUUUGUGGAGCUUAGCUUGAGUCUUAAACCAUCUUAUGUGCCUAAAUACUUAAGUAACUUGCUCUUAGAUCUGUCGGAAAUUGGUAAUGAGGAGAAGUUACCGGUGUUGAGUGAUUAUAUUUGCAAGCAUCAGGAGGAGUUAAGCAGGGUUGAGGCUUUAAAGCAUGAACUUCCUCAAUGCAGGCUACUUCUAAUGGAGGCAAUUGAGACAUUGAAGGAGGAAUUCAUGAACAUAAAGAAUAAUAUAGAAUCUCAGUCAGAACAGCCUGAUCUAGUGGAGUAUUUGUCAACAAAGAGGAAAAACAACGAGCAGGAGCAAAGGGAAAUUACAUACAAUCCUGAUCAAGACCACUGUAACCCUAGUCAUAAUGCAAAGAGGCGGAAACCAUUACUCCUAGAUAACUCCCAGCAGAAACCAUUAGUACUCCUAGAUAACUUCCAGAAACUGGCCAUCAAAACCGCUGUUGACCGCCAUGCUGUACCACCAACUGCCGAGGUGCUCGACAACAACAAAAUGAGUUGCAGGCGUUUAAGCACCACAUCCCGUCAAGUUCCUAACAUCCAAUCCCCAGGUCACUGCAAAGAGCAAGAUCUAGCAAGGAAACAAGGCAACACUUAUGAAGAAGGUUUGAUAACUGGCGAACAAAGUAAGCCUCAAUUUCCUCCUCCACCUCGCAAUCUCAAAGCAAUUCGGCCAUGCAAACAGUUAUUGGUUCCAUACAAGGAGUGUAAUUCGAAUUCCAUUGGAUCAUCAAUUACUGGAGAGGAAAAGCUGCAGGAUGUACCCAUGGAUGAUCAAUAUUCAUCUAGAAAUCAAGGUUUCUUGUAUCUCAAGACAGAUGAUAGAAUUCAAACUCUUAAUUAUUACCCAAAGCCAUUGACUCAACCCAUUUGGAAGAAUAACAAGAGAUGUUGGUCAUCUGAGCUUCAUGCAAGAUUUGUGGAGGCUCUAAAUCUGCUUGGAGGCAUUCAAGUGGCUACUCCUAAGCAAAUCAGAGACCUCAUGCAGGUUGAGGGGCUUACAAUUGAUCAAGUAAAGAGUCACUUGCAGAAAUAUAGACAUCAUUGUCGUAUGGUUCUGGCAUCUUAUUUCGGUCGCUUGUCAUUUGUGCUCCUUUUGGUCACAAGCAAUGCUUCUCAAAAUGGAAGGCAGACUAAUUUGGUCAUUUUGGCUCGAAAACUGGAGAAACUAGAGAGCUUGCCACCUAGCUAUGGCUAUGAUCUCUCCCUCUCUUUGUCUUCUGUCUACUAA